AUGGGUGACACUGAAGCACUCUGUAUGCACUCACCUAGAAAUUUAUGGUAUACAAGUAGUACUUGUGCUGCCAUAGCUGAAACCAUCUCUGCAACCAUGGCUCCUACUCUUUCACUUCUGCUUGCCACCACUUCCAUAGCUCUGCUCUUAUUUUCAAGAGCUGUGGCACAUGACGCUCUGUCGUUGGGAUCCUCUCUAGCCGUCGAAGCCUUCCAAACCGACGUGCUGCAAUCACCGGAUGGCACCUUCUCCUGCGGCUUCUACAGCAUCUACACCAACGCCUUCACAUUUUCGAUAUGGUACUCCAAGGCGGCAGACAAAACCGUCGUGUGGAGUGCAAAUCGCGACCGCCCUGUCCAUGUCAAAAGGUCAGUCCUGACCUUGCAGAGAGAUGGCAAUAUGUUCCUGAUAGAUUAUGAUGGCACAAUUGUGUGGCAAGCUGGUGGCAACUUCACAAAUAUUCAGCAUGCUCAGCUGUUGAAUACUGGGAAUUUUAUCUUGAAGGCUACCAAUGGUAAGACAAUAUGGCAGAGUUUUGAUUCACCCACGGACACUAUACUGCCGACGCAACACUUCACUGCUUCUACAAAGUUAGUGCCUACAACCCGGUCACAUGAUUCUGGUAACUACAUAUUCCGUUUCAGCGAUCUUUCGGUACUGUCACUUAUAUAUGACAUUCCUGAAGUUUCGGAUAUAUACUGGCCAGACCCUGACCAGACUCUCUAUGAGGAUAAUAGAAACCAGUAUAACAAUACUAGACUGGGGAUUUUGGACAGUAAUGGGAGUUUUGGGUCGAGUGAUUUUGCUGAUGGCCAGCCACUGGUGGCCUGUGAUGCAGGACCAGGGAUUAAGAGAAGGCUAACUCUAGAUCCUGAUGGUAAUCUCCGGUUAUAUAGCUUGAAUGACUUAGAUGGGUCAUGGUCAGUUUCAAUGGCAGCAAUGUCUCAACCUUGCAACGUCCACGGCUUAUGCGGUCCUAAUGGAAUCUGUCACUACUCACCUAAACCUACAUGUUCGUGUGCACCAGGCUAUGUGAUGAGCAACCCGGGUAAUUGGACUGAAGGCUGCAGCGCUAUUGUCAACAUAACAUGUGAUCAUCAGGAACCUAUGAAGUUUGUGAAACUCAAGCAUACAGAUUUUUGGGGCUCUGAUCAGAAACAUUUGCUCUCGGUUUCCUUUUAUUAUUGUAGGAAUAUCUGCAUGAAUGACUGCACCUGCAAAGGCUUUCAGUACCAGGAAGAUACAUCCUCAUGCUAUCCAAAAGCUAGUCUUUUCAGUGGACGGACCUACCCAACAAAUGAUGCGCGGACAAUAUAUCUCAAGCUUCCUGCCAGGGUAAAUGUUUCGAACACAAUUUUCCCUCGCUCCGAUGUGUUUGAUCCUGCACCACCUCAUCUUAACUGCAAUCAAAUGAGCAUACCACCAAUUCUAGAAGCGCAUAACACCGAUGUGGAAGAACCAAAGUGGCUCUACUUCUACGGUUUCAUAGUUGCAUUUUUUGUCGUUGAGGUUUCCUUCAUAGCAUUCACAUGGUUCUUUGUUUUGAGAAGAGAGCUUAGGCCAUCAGAAGUAUGGGCGACCGAGGAAGGAUACAAGGUGAUGACCAGUCAUUUCAGAAGAUACAGUUACAGAGAACUUGUGAAGGCAACAAUGAAUUUCAAAGUUGAGCUGGGAAGGGGAAGCUCGGGCGUGGUGUACAAAGGUGUCUUAGAAGAUGAAAGACCAGUUGCUCUGAAGAAGCUGAAGCAUGUAAGUCGGGGCAAAGAAGAGUUCCAAGCUGAGCUGAGUGUGAUUGCUAGGAUUAACCACAUGAAUCUAGUGAGAAUAUGGGGGUUUUGUUCGGAAGGAUCUCACCGGCUGUUGGUUUGUGAAUAUGUCCAGAAUGGCUCACUGGCUAGCAUUUUGUUCAGUGACAACAUCUUGUUGGACUGGAAGCAACGGUUCAAUAUUGCAUUAGGUGUUGCGAAAGGGUUAGCCUACCUUCAUCAUGAGUGCCUAGAAUGGGUCAUUCACUGUGAUGUGAAACCCGAGAAUAUACUCUUGGACCAAAACUUUGAGCCUAAGAUCACCGACUUUGGGCUGGCAAAGUUACUAAACCGAGGUGUGUCCAACCAGAACACAUCUCAUGUCCGAGGAACCACAGGCUACAUUGCUCCUGAGUGGAUCUCCCGCCGCCCUAUCACGUCGAAAGUCGACGUGUAUAGCUACGGGGUCAUGCUUCUUGAGCUUUUAUCUGGAAGCAGAGUAUCGGAGUUGACCGUCGGUUCAGAUGCAGAGGUGCACAUGGUGCUCAGGAAGCUUGUGACAAUGCUUGCAGAUAAACUGGAAGGAAGUGAUGAAUCUUGGAUCGAUGAAUUUGUGGACUGCAAAUUGGGUGGGCAAUUCAGCUAUGUGCAGGCUAGAACAUUAAUAAAAUUGGUCGUUUCUUGUUUGGAGGAAGAUACAAGAAAGAGGUCGACCAUGGAAUCUGUUGUUCAGACUCUCCUAACAUUACAUGAAGAUGAUAAGUCGUAG